AUGAAGGACGGCGAUCACUGGCUCCUGCCCACCACGCAGGCGUGCCAACAUUGCCAAUCGAACGCGUGGCCGUGUGUGGUCAAGAUCCGCCGCCGAUCCGACCACUUCGCGUGCCUCAUGUGCCGCAAGGGCAAGUGCAGCCACAAGGACCUGCGUGCCGUCGAGAUGACGGGGCCGAUUCUUGACGUUGAUGACCGCCGCAAGAUGAUCUACCAGACCCUCGGUGACGGCGAGGCCAUCAUCAUGCCGCCUCCGAACGGAGAUGUGCUCUCGCUGUGGUCACCAGACGCGUACGGUUUUGGUCCCGACCACCGCGGCGCCAGUGUUGAGGAGCACGACACCGGUGACCUCGCUCGCCGUGAGGAGAACGAGCGCAGCCGUGCCGUGAACCCCCGCGACCGCGAGGACGAGGCACGCAACGCGCCAACCUGGCGCACGCGCAGUUCCAGCCCGCGCCGUGAGCACCGCGAGUACCGUGACGAGCGCCACGAGCGUCCCAACCCCGAGCAUCACGCACACCGCCACGACCACUCCCACCAGCAGCAUAACGGAGAACGCUACGAGCGUCGCGAGCGCAUGCACCGUGACGACCACUAUGAUCCACGCCAGCAACAGGUCCGGCCCCACCACCUCCAGCCUCGGCACGACCAACCCCAGCACCUCCAUCCCCAGCAACUGCACCCCCAACAGCUCCGUCCUCACCCGCUCGAUCCCCGCCAGCUUCAGCAGCCCCACCGACCCCGCCCCGAUACUCGCUACGAGACCUACCCCGGCAUGGUCCCCCCAGGACCAUCAAACUUCCACCACCCCGGCACCACAGUCGGAGAGCACGGCCCCCUCGGUCCCCAUCCUCGCGACCACGUCGGGCCCCUACCCUCGCUGGCCGAGCUCGCCAUUAACCGCCUCGGUCUGCGCGCGCCCACCCGCACGCCGUGGGACAGGCUGGAGGCGGCGCGCCUCGUGGGCUUCUACCCCCCGAACAGCACCGACCCGCGCCUAUACGCGAACAACCCGCGGUUGUCGGCUGCUCAGCGUGCUGGCCUCAGUGUCGUCCCGUCGCCCAGCUUCGCCCACGUCCCAUUCCCUGGGUUCUCCCUAGACCGUGAGGACCCUCCUGUCCGUGAGGCUCCACGGCGUCGGUCUGGAGAACUUCCCGCGCCUCACCAACUCUACCCAGGCCCUAUGGACGCGCGUCAUGAGUACGGCCGACGCGAGUACGACCCUCGCGACCCUCGCUACCAGUACGAGCGCGACGAGCGCCGCUACUCCCAGGCCGCCGCGGAGCCCAACCGCCGCCCUGUCCAGCCCCUCGGCGGUGACCAGACCGCCCGGGCUCCUAUCGCCACCGGCUCCACGUCCAGCGCUGCAGCCGGCCCGAGCAUGAACAAUGCCGUGGCGGCGACAGAAGCGGAUGACAGCACCCGCCACGAGCACACCGCCGACGGGUACUCGUACCCCCCGCUCGUUCCCCUCCCGCGCGCUGGCUACGUCUCCACCACCGACGCCCAGAAGGCACGCGACGAAGGCGUGGACAAGUGA